UUAUGAUUUCACCGCUACUACUGUUAGCGGACAAAUGACGGACUCAUUACAAAAUUCGAUCUGCAUCGUAAAAAAAAAGGUUUACAAUACCUCAUGGGCUGAGUGAAGGGCGCAGCAGUAUUGGAAGUACCAGCUCUUGAGAAUGCGACGGGACAACAAUAUAUCUUCGGUUAUUCAAUACAACAUAAUACCGAUCCUAAAAAUUCCAGGUACGCAUCAGCCGAGCACGUUUCUUCGAGUUCUACCAUGCGGACGCAAAGUAUUCGCUUCGGACUUGCCCUUUGUCGUCGGAGAAUCACCAAGCCCCCGGGAAACACGUCGGGGAAAUUCGGCCGCGGAAAUCUGACUCUGAACGGGCAGCUCACGUCGUAGGAAUUGUCGUCUUUCGUUAGCGGGAUGGCCUGAGCCUCGGAGCAAAUGGACCGUUUACGAAAAUCGAAAGAUGACCCGCCGCCGCCGUGCAUCUUUCCCGGAUUUCCGCAUCGACGAGGUCGCCGGCGAUCCACCGUGAUUAGGCUGGAUUUCGGAUCGAUUCUAGCCCUGAUGAUGCUGAGCACGGCCGGUGUCUCGUCUUCCCAUAUACCCGACAAAUAUCCCAUAGAAGUGUAUCAUAUGUUACAAGAAAGAACACAAUUUGGAAUCAGCCAUGACAACAGGAUAAGAGGAACUUGGGGUAUGUGGAGUUCAUGGAGCGAAUGUUCUAGAUCUUGCGGCACUGGCAUCCAGUCCCAAUUUCGGGAAUGCGUCCCCCUACGGAGACUUUUGAGGAGGCGAAGUAUUAUCUCGGAGAACGGUACGAACAGCUCCAGACCCAUUUGUAUCGGCACAUACAAACGCUACCACACGUGCAAUACGCAGGUAAGCCGGCGCACAAGACCUUCAGAAGCGGAGCAGUGCUCUAAGUACAACGGAAGGAACUACAAGGGCCGCAGUUAUGUCUGGAUGCCCUUCGUAGAUGCGCCGAACUCCUGCGCGCUCAAUUGCCGUGCAGUCGGCGAGCGUUUUUACGCAACGCUUGAACCGGCAGUAAUAGACGGCACGCCCUGCGAUGCUCCGAAUCUUCGCGGACGCGGCGGCGCCGGCGGGAUUUCGACGGAACGCAAUGGUGAACGAUGGCUCUGCGUCGCUGGACAAUGCAAGCUUAUAGGAUGCGACGGGGUGGUGGGCUCCGGUGCGACGAUGGACGCCUGCGGCGUGUGCGGUGGCCAGGGCAGAGGGUGCAGGUUGUUUGAAGGCAUCUUCAUGGAGCCGAUUCUGUCUAAGGGUCAUCAGCAGGUGACCACGAUUCCGAAGGGUGCCAUGUCGCUUAACAUUUCCGAGCUCCGAUUCAGCAGUAAUUUUCUAGCGUUGAGAGACAGUAAUGGCAGUUACAUCCUAAACGGACCGUGGUCUUACAGUCCCAGUGGUACUUAUAAAGCGGCUGGUACGACAUUAACAUACCAGAGGGGCGAUAGGAACCGUAUGGAGUGUAUCUUAGCGACUGGACCGUUGAACGAGUCUCUGCAUUUAGAGAUUUUAUCCGUGGAAUUAAAUCCAGGCGUACUGUACAAGUACAUGCUACCUAUGAAGGAAGUGCCGGACGGUAAAGCGGUGAUUGCACCGCCGCUGCUUGUCGCAGGAGCAAACGAUCGAGGCAACGAGAUACCUAGUCCAGAUACUCACGUGACCGUGCGAGUACCCAUUACAAGAACAUCGGAUCGGCGAAGCGAUUUAUCUCCAACGCGUCGCGAUCGCGAUCCGCCGCGUGCGCACGACGGCGGACGGAAGGAAGAGAUGAAGCAUCCACCGACUACGGUGAUGGCGGGCGAUCAGCCAAAGUCAAAGGCGAUGAGAAGGAGGAAGAGGAGGAAGUUCACUUGGAAAAUAGUCGGCCUCUCUCCCUGCUCGAAGGAAUGCGGAGGAGGCGUACGAACAACGAUCCUAAAAUGCAUUCGCGAGAGCAAUCAGACACUCGUCAACGACAAACGUUGUCACAACGUGGAAAAACCAAAACAUCCUCCUCCGCUGCGAUGCAACGAUCAUCCUUGCGCCGCUAGGUGGCGAGCCGAGCCGUGGAGCGAGUGCUCGGUCACCUGCGGGAUCGGCAUCAGGACGCGAAAACUCGAGUGCAUCCAGGAGUUGAACGCGAGAUUAACAAUGCGCGUUGCUGCUGGUGCGUGCAUGCAACCGCCAGAUCUGAGCACCACGGAAACUUGCAGUCGGCCGGCGUGUCCUAACGUGAGCCCAGAAUUGAGGCACAUGCCAUCGCAACACGAAGCGCCUAGGUGGGACGUGGGCGCUUGGGGUCCGUGUUCAGCGACGUGCGGUCAUGGAACUCGAAAUCGAACGGUGACUUGUAUAACGUCCGGACAGUCUUGUUCGUUAGCCAAUAAACCAGAAUCUCAAAAAGCGUGCGAGAUAGCGGUUUGUAAUGAUGCGACAGACACGGGACAUCAUGCGCCCUGGCUGUAUUCAGAAUGGUCUUCAAAGUGCUCCACAGAAUGUGGAAACGGUGUGAGGGUCAGACGAGUGGCAUGCGCUGAUGGUAGCGAGUUAUUCUGCAAUCCCAAAGAGAGGCCGGACACGGAGAUGCAUUGUUUCGGACAAGGGAUGACCUGCAACCGAGCCAAGUGGUUUGCUAGUCCAUGGACUUCCUGUUCUGUUUCGUGUGGCAUUGGCGUGCAGUAUCGAGAUGUCGCUUGUAUAACUAGAAUGAAUGAUGAAUUUAUUGUAGUAUCUGCACAAAAUUGCAGCGAUCCCAAACCAACGACUGAACAAGUCUGUAGAAUGUCUGCGUGUCUUCCGGAAUGGUUCACUUCAAAUUGGUCGACAUGUUCCGCAACCUGCGGGGCUGGAAUUCAAAAUCGACUUGUACGGUGCACCGUCGAAGGUAUCAGCAGCACUAAUUGCUCGAAAAUUAGUAAACCAAGCGCGGAACAACAAUGUAACGUGGAGCCGUGCAAGAAAGAAGUACCACUAGCGAACAAACCGCCAAAAAAGGUGCACGAGUCGUCCGAGUGCGUAGACAAGUAUCCGAAUUGCGUUUUAGUAGUAAAGAAUGGCCUGUGCCGAAUCAAAUAUUAUAAGCAUUCAUGCUGCCAAUGCCAUCAGUAACUGGGGAUAGCAACUUUGUGCUCGCCCGCGAUUUUGCGAAUGAACGGUUGAUAAGCAUAAACGUUGAAUAAAAUAUAAAUAUUAGCUCGGAAAGGGCAAAUUAUGCCGAGUGUAAGACUGCUACAAAGAGAGAUGACCACGUAUAUAUAUGUAAUUUUAUUUAUAUUACGUGACGCGACAUCGAAUCAUACGUGUCUUAGUCGUGCUUUUUUCUGCCGAAUGUAACAUAAUUCUCCGGAGCGGCAGAAUUCUUUUCCUUUUUCUUCUUAUAAAUGUUCAUAACGAGAACGUUUGGUCCUUCUUGAUAGUUUGACUAUGAAUAUUGGAUAAAUUUUUUGAAAAAAAACAGCUUCAGAUAAAAUUAACGAAUCGAAUGAUAAAUAAAAUAAUAAAAUUGCAGGAAGGGAAGACAUGACAUACAAAAUUAAAAUACGCUUUUAUUUAUGCGGAUUAAAGAUAUUUCUCUGCGAGAAAGGCUUCUCGACUUUCUCUUGAUUUUCCCGAGAAUCACCAUGAAGAAAUUUGUCAGGGUUUUGUGUGCAAUAAAUAUAUAAUAUAAUGUUAAAAUAUGGUACAUACAUGCGUUCAUUUGUAUAGCUAAUACAGCACAUACAUAGGUCGUUUACAUCACAUUCGAUAUCUGUGUUAUCGUUGCAGACAGAUGCAGAUCCAUAAUUUUAUCGAUUUGGUAACGGUGCCUAUUCAAAUAUUAUACAUCUUCGACUUUGACCCUUUUAUGUGCAUUAACGCGAUCUCAAGGUUUGUAUGCUUUUUAUUAAACGACACGUUUAGUGUAUUUAAACUGAAA